CAUAAAUACAAGUUAGAAAGAAAUUUAAUAUUAAAGGGAGGGUGCCCGAUGGUGCCAGGAGAUAAAAAAAUCAAGCUAACUCUUUCCACCCAAAUUAAUCUCUCGCUAUGGAUCACUCUCGAGCAGCUUAUGCUGCCAGUAAAGAACGCAACGAAGAGACACUCUUACGGAUACAGCGACUUGGACACGAGAUCAAGAAGACAGAACAAGAGAUUCGCGACAAGCGGAAACGAUCGCAAUGCCUACGUCUAUACCACAAUCAAGUCGAUCGACGCACACAACGUCAACAUGCCUAUCACUCCAUAAUGUUUACCUCUUCUGAUCAACCUUUGUCUUGGAUGAACGGCGAUAGCGACAAUGACAGACAACAGCAGUCAAAUCAAUACCUACGCAGUAGUAGUAGUAAUGAAAAAAAACUUGAGUCAUUCCAAGCGGUAUACCAGCAGAUCCUCAAACAUGAGCAAGAACCACCGGAUGCUCGAGAUAUUUUUGAACUGCUCGCAUCGACACUGUCUAAGAAAAGCGCGUCUUCGUCGUCGUCGUCAACACCUUUUUUUGACCUGGUUAAAGAGAUAGUCAAUAAAAUCGAGCCACCAAGCGAUAAAAUAGCAUCAUCAUCACCAUCGUUACGGCAACGAAAAAGCAUCGAUGAGGAUACAGAAGGUCGCAUAAAAAACGACUUGACCCAGCGCAAACACGAAACGCAACGCGUCAGAAAAGAGUGUGAUGUCUUGGAAGCACGAGUGGGUCAAUUAGAGCAAGAUUUACGGACGCGUAUCCGCAAACUUUACCGCGAUCUUAACGUUCAAACGACGUUAUUAAAACGGAUUCGAACGGAAGCAGAAAGCCAGAGCGCAGCAGCACAACGAAAAGCGACUCAAGAACAAGCCAAUGCUUUGCAGGCCAAAGUAAUGGAUGCCCAUAUAUCUUGUACUGCCAGUAAUAAUCAAGUUAAUAUAGAAAGUACAGUCAAUGCUGUAGGAGAAAAGCAGCGUCAAAUAGCACAUAUGAUGGGACUUGUACGGAUAGGCGCGCUUCAAUUAAAGGAGCAGCGUGAAAAGUGUGAUAAUGAAGAAAAUGAACGUCGGAAAACAUUACUGGAGCAAUUGGAUGGAAACUGCAAAGAGCUCAAGAACAGUAUUCGUCGUAAGAUUGACUUAUUUCACCAACUACCACUGUUUAAUGGAAGUAAUGAUGCCAUUGCAACUCAAGGUGAUAGCACACGAUUGGAGCAAAUCAAAGACUGCUUUCAUCCAUAUUUGCGACCUUCUCGUCAAGGUGUUGUUGAUCAACUAGGCGAAGUCUUGAUACGAGUCAACGCAUUGGCUGUCACUGAACCACCAGAAUCCGAAUUACGCGAGACUCUGGAAAACCUGGCAGCACGAUGGCAACAGGAUCUGGAAGAAAGCAAUGUCGAUAUUGGUGAACAUAAACCUCGUGAAGACGCAGUGGAUGCUCUUAUAAAGUCAGUGGCAGCACUAAAAAGUACGUAGCUUAUCGAAUGAGUAACUGAUUGACGAUGUCGAUAUUGUUGGGAUAUAUGCAAAUACAGCCUUUACA